AAUUUACGCUCUGAAAAGAGGCAUGAUUCGUGUUGUUCAACAAUCCUUAGGCUCAAUCUUAUCGAACGUGUUGCUCGUGCUUGGAUGCGCAUUCUUUGCUGGUGGACUUGUGCAUUCACAGAGGGAGCAAGUGUUCAACAAGUUUCUCAUCAAUCUCCAUCCAUGUCAAUAGGCCAUAUCCAAAGGCACCGAGAAUCCCAAAGAUCCCAAGAGGUUAAGUUGUAAGCUCCAAAUAUCCAAUCCCUUUUCAUUCUCAUUAGCAUUAGAUUUCAAGAUCCACAAUUGAAAAAAAAAAAAAUCAAUGUGAAACUUUUUACCUAACCUAUUCAAUGAUUGCUAACCCAACAAUUUUACAUAUUUGUUGGUGUAGCACAUGAAAAUGGAGGUGGCAAGAAAUAUUUGAUGAUUAAAUUGCUACCGAUCAAACCUUAAACAUUACACAUCUCUUUCUCAUCCUCAAUCCGCAUGCUUAUUCAAUCCGCGAUAUUAUUAUAUUUUUUUCCGAUCAUCAACUCCUAUCGGAAGUAUACAUCAGUUUUGGUGAACAAAUUUCGCGACUCUAGCAUUAUUGUUUCGAGAAAGCAUCUACAUUUGCAAAGAUGCAGUCUUUGAGUCGAUCAAUACGAGGUCAAUCAUUACAUGAGCCUCCACCAUUUGCAGAGAAGAUCACAGAAGACCCUGUGACAACGAAAACCGCACAAAGCACGGUGACUUGCGUCUACCUUGCAAAUAUUGCGACAUGUUGGCGGAAGGUGACGAUCAUAUGGUGUAAGAACCUCAUGAACCAUUCCCUCAGCAUUCGGAUUGAUAGCUUAGACGGCGGUUUUCAUUAUACGUGCAAAAUCGACCUAAAGCCAUGGAAUUUUUGGAGCAAAAAAGGGUAUAAGUCAUUCGAGGUCGAAGGGAAUCAAGGGGAGGUUUGUUGGGAUCUUCAUUCUGCAAAAUUUGGCGGCGGCCCAGAACCUUGUUCUAACUUUUAUGUUGCUCUUGUUUGCGAUGAGGAGAUUGUGUUGUUAUUGGGAGACAUGAAGAAAAAGGCAUACAAGAGAACAAAAUCCAGACCAGCCCUUGUGGAGGCACUUUUAUACCACAAAAAAGAAAACGUGUUUGCCAAGAAAAGUUUUGCCACAAGAGUGAAGUUUGAUGAGAAUAUAAAAGAGCAUGACAUUGUCGUGGAGAGCUCAACAUCGGGCUCCAUAGACCCCGAAAUGUGGAUCAGCAUAGAUGGGUUUGUGUUGAUUCAUGUCAAGAAUCUGCAGUGGAAAUUCAGAGGGAAUCAGACCGUAAUGGUGAACAUGCAACCGGUUCAAGUUUUCUGGGACGUGCACGAUUGGCUUUUCAGCAGCCCCGGGACUGGGCACGGGCUGUUUAUUUUCAAGCCAGGGCCGCCGGAAUCAGAGAGCGAUCACGACAGAGAUGGCAACGGCGGCAUAGACAGUGAUCAUAGCAGUCCUUAUUAUUCAACUCAGACUAGUAACUCAACAUCUUCUGACUUCUGCCUGUUUCUUCAUGCAUAUAAGAUUGAGUGAGGGAAACUAACUCAUAGAAAAAGGAAAAAAAAAACAGAAAAUGGUUGUAAAAUUGUAAAUUAUGGUCGUAGCAUUACUUCAUAUAUAAGGUUACUCUAAUAUUCAUUUGAUAAUUUGUAAAUUGAACUUUUUUAACUGUUGGUGUCACCCGUUUAGUGCUGUUAUAGGAUAGUGGGUAGCCUUUGGUAGGGAAGGUAUUUGGAGGAUGAUGAAUGGUGGGAGGCAUAUAUAAUAAUGUAAAAUUGUAUUCGUAUUAUAUAUGCAGGAAAUUAAGAAAAUUAAGGUCUAGAAAUGCUAUUCCAUGAUCUACU